AUGAAUAAAGCACGUACCGUUCUCAAAUAUUUUACUGCCAUCGAGCAAAGCGAAGGCGUCGGUGCGAAGGUCAGACGGUCUAUUGGAACGCUAAAACUGCGUCAUUUCGCACCAUUUUUAUUGCUAGACCAUUUUACCGUGGCGCCACCAGCAGGCUUCCCAGAUCAUCCACACCACGGCCAGGAAACGAUCACGUAUGUUUUGGGCGGUAUGAUCGCCCAUGAGGAUUUCACUGGCUCCCAGGGCGUUCUGAGGGAAGGUGACCUGCAAUUCAUGACGGCAGGUAAGGGUAUCGUGCACUCUGAGAUCCCGGUGCAGCUUGAAUCCAACGAACCUGCCGCAGGCUUGCAACUAUGGGUCGACCUGCCCGAAAAGCUGAAAAACUGCGAGCCUCGCUACCGGGAUUUGCGCAAGAAGGAAACCCCAAUCGCCAAGCCUCACGACUGCCUAGAAGUAAGGGUCAUCAGCGGGAAGUCGUACGGAGUUGAGUCACUCAGUGAGCUGGCAUACACCCCUGUGGACUUUUACCAUUUUAUAAACUCGAAAAAAGGCGUCCACUUCAAACAAGAGUUCCCAGCGGACUUCAACGUCUUCAUGUAUGUGCUCAAGGGCGCAGUGACGGUGAACAGUCAGCUCUUCCCCCAAUUUUCCUCUGUCUUUUUCAAGCCCGACGGACUAUACGUAGAGGGUGUAAGUGCGUCUGAAGACGCCGAAUUCGUUCUUGUCGGCGGCCAAAUUUUGGACCAGCCAGUUGUACAGCACGGACCAUUUGUUGAGACCACCAGAGAGCGGAUAAUAGAGGUGUUUGACAAUUACCGGUCGGGAACCAAUGGUUUUGAAAGAGCUCCUGGCUGGAGCUCUUCGAUUUUCGAUGGUAUAAAGCAAGGCCAACUUAAGGCCUUCGAAAAGUCUUCACUAUGA